AUGCCUCACAGAGGCAUCGUGGUCUUCUCUGGAGGCAGUGCGGCUAAUAACCUGGUCGACGUGUUCGAGCAGGUGCGGGUGAACAAGGACUGCCCAUUGUCAUACAUCAUUCCAAUCAGUGACAACGGAGGGUCCUCGUCCGAACUGAUACGAUUCUUUGGAGGUCCCGGUAUCGGUGAUGUUCGAAGUCGGCUGGUCAGACUCAUCCCUUCGGCGCCAUCUUCACCCGAGCGAGACGCUAUCUCGCGUGUCUUCAAUCAUCGACUGUCCGCAGACUCACACACAGACGCGGCCGAUGAGUGGCAGUCAGUAGUGGCAGGGACGGCAGACUUGUGGGAUGGCGUUCCUUUUGCGAAGAGAGAGCUUAUACGCUCAUUCCUGAAUACACUAAACAUGGAGCUACUCAAGCGCUCGAGACCUCCGACUUCAACCUUCGAUUUCACUUCUGCAAGUGUCGGCAAUCUGUUCCUCACAGGCGCACGCUUGUUCACUGGCAGCUUCGAAUCCGCCAUCUAUUUGCUCAGUAGUAUCUGUCAAAUUCCUGAUGGCGAUGUACAAGUCAUUCCGAGCAUCAGUUCCAACUUCUCGCAUCACAUAGCCGCAGGCCUUGCGAACGGCGACAUCAUUGUUGGUCAGAACAACAUUUCGCAUCCCUCUGCCCCGACAUCCGCUCCAGCUCUGCCUGACGUUCAUUCCAGCACUGCGACACGUGUGCGUCACAGUAUCGAUCAUGCCGAUGAUCUAGAUGCGGAGGAUGCUAACAUCCCUGGGACGCUCGCAACCCUGCGCCAGAGAAACAUCAAGUUUUCAAAAGCCGAAGACGAUGAUCUGCCGGCACGAAUCGAUAGAAUAUGGUAUAUUAACCCAUUUGGUCAGGAGAUGCUCCCACCAGCCAACCCGAGGGCACUGUCUGCCGUGAAGGACGCUCAAGCGAUCAUAUUCUCGAUCGGGUCAUUGUAUACUUCGCUGAUUCCCUCUAUCGUCAUCCGAGGCAUGGGAAGAGCUCUUCGAUCGACACCGGCGAGGCACAAAAUCCUUAUACUCAAUGGCUCUCUGGACCGCGAAGUUGGACCCAGCAAUAGCCCCUUCACAGCCUUCGACUUUGUUGAAGCCAUUGCCAGGGCAGGAGAACAGUCUCGCGAAGAGGCGUGGAACCCCACGCAGAGCAUCGGGAGCUCAGAGUAUGCUACAAGAACUGCUACUCCGUCACAGGCUACAGCCAACGGCAGUCUUUUGUCGCCCGAUCUCGCGUCUCAAGUUGAGCUGAAAAUGACCAAGAAGAGCUCAAUUUAUCGACAGUAUGUGACGCACGUCAUCCAUAUCGGUGGAGAGGGAACUCCAGAGGUCGAUAGAGAACAUCUGGCUUCGCUUGGUAUCGACUGCCUGAAGCUGUACGGUCGCAAGAAUCCCACCGCAAAAGGAAUGCUAUACGAUGGUCAAGCCCUUGUUGGAGCCAUUGAAGCGAUCCUCGGAAAACGAGGCGAUGCCAUGUCGUCAACAAGGAGCAGACGCAAUACGUUAGACAGUAAUUGGCUUCCGAUACAGUGA